AAUCUCAAGGCACCAGUGAGACGAUUGGUCACUCUGAGGGUAGCUUAUCAAAACCCUAGACUAGAUCCUCGCUCUUUCUCUUUCGAUCAGACCAAUCUGAAUCCUGAGUUACCCACAAUUGUGGAGCUAACAAGUGAUUAUUCUCAACUACAAAACCGAUUUUCUUUCAUCAGCGUUAUCGUGUAGAUAUGGAUGAUAGAUGGUUCAAUGGUCGGCCAGAACUGCGCAUGAGAGAUAAACGCCAGCAAGAAAUGGAACAGGCAGACGAGGCUUCUGUUCUAGAGGAUCUCGCUGAAGAUUUUCGCCUUCCUAUUAAUCAUAGACCAACAGAAAACGUAGACCUGGAAAAUGUCGAGCAAGCAUCUUUAGAAACACAGUUGCCAUCCUCUAAUAUUGGAUUCAGGCUUCUUCAGAAGAUGGGUUGGAAAGGGAAGGGUCUUGGGAAAAAUGAGCAAGGAAUUACUGAGCCAAUAAAAUCGGGGAUGCGAGACCCAAAGUUGGGGAUUGGAAAACAAGAGGAAGAUGAUUAUUUUACAGCAGAAGAAAAUAUUCAAAGACGAAAGCUUGAUAUUGAGCGUGAGGAGACUGAGGAACUUGCUAAAAAGCGGGAGGUUUUAGCAGAACGCGAGCACAAAAUUGAAACGGAGGUGAAGGAAAUACGCAAGGUUUUCUUUUGUGAGCUAUGCAACAAGCAAUAUAAAUUAGCAAUGGAGUUUGAAGCCCACUUAAGUUCAUAUGAUCAUAACCACAGAAAGCGCUUCAAGGAAAUGAGAGAAAUGCAUGGAAGUAGCCGUGACGAUAGGCAGAAAAGGGAACAGCAACGUCAAGAGAGGGAGAUGGCAAAAUUCGCCCAAAUGGCUGCCAAUAAGAAGCAGGAAGAAUUGCAAACCCCGGAGGAAGCAGGAAACAUUCCAGCCCCCUCCAUGGUUAGAACUGCAACUGCUCUCGCCGAUCAAGAUCAGAGGAAGACUUUGAAGUUCGGAUUUUCUGCCAAAGGAGGCUCAUCAAAGACGACGACCUUGGUUAACAAAGCUGCAAAGAAGCCAAAAGUAACUGUUGUAUCCGUCUUCAGCAAUGAGAGUGACGAGGAGUGACAGUGCAUCUACACAAGAUUGGUGUUAGUGAGAAGACCAAAGUAUGAAAGAUAUUGAACCUGAACGAAUUUUUCUGCUGUUGUGUGAGGCACUGGCUUUGUAUAAUGUCGACUUGUACAUUGUAAUCCUUUUGAGCAUUUAUUUGGUGACUAUGAGAGGGAGAUAUUUGUCCCCCUGAGCGGACAUGAUAGAUAGUUAGAAUACCAUGUACUUUAUUUUGUUUUAUUUUUAACAUGUUAGACGAGAGAUUAUGAGCCAAAAAUUAUGUUUUACAUCGAAUUUCUGAUUCUGCUUUUGGC